UCUUAAAUUUCAGUUUUUAAAUUGUUUUUCAUCAUCAUCAUCUACAAUGGCAAGAUCACUGAUUGAAAGUAUCGAUUUUAAGUUAUUUCAAGAUGAUUUCAAAAACAUCGAUCAAAAAUUUCUUCAAUCAGUUGUUUCAAUUUUUAGCUUUUUUACUUUCAAAUGGUCCUUUGAAAAACAAUUUUUAUUGAUAACCGAAAAUGCUACAUAUGCAUAUGGUGAUGAAAUAUGCUCAUGGUUUUCGUUGGAACAUGAUAUGACUAAACCACAACGAAUAUCACUUUUUAAUGAUGUGAUAAUUGUUCAAGUAGAUUCUGGCCAUGGUUUUGUUGCCAUUCUAACUGAUGAUGGUCGAGUGUAUCUGGCAAGCAAUGAUUCUAAUUGGAAGACGAAUAAUACUUUCCGAUUAAUCAACACCGGUAAUGAUCGUUUCAAGAUGAUUGCUUGUGGAUGGCAUCAUUUAUUAAUGCUACGACAUGAUGGUCAUGUUUUCGCUAUAGGUCAUAAUAGUUUUGGUCAAAUAACUGGUAAUGAAAAAUCGUCAUAUGAAAGUAUGAUCCAGAUUGAUAACCUGAAAAAUGUCAAGCUCAUAGCUUGUGGAGGAUAUCAUAGUUUUUCAAUAACUAAGAAUGGAGAAAUUUUUUCCUGGGGCCUUAAUGAUUUUGGUCAAUUAGGUCUUGGUGAUGAAGAAAACCGAAUCACCCCAUGUCUUGUUGCAUUUCCUAAUGCUAAUUCAACACGAAUCAAAGAUAUUGUGGCUGGCGAAGAUUAUUCAUUAUUUUUAUUCAAAAAUGGUGAGGUUUGGGGAUGUGGUUCUAAUUAUGCUGGUGAACUUGGUCUUGGUGAUGAAAAUAAUCGAUCAAUUUUGACAAAAAUACCGAUUGAAAAUGUGCAACAAAUCGCAUGUUCAUCAUUCCAUUCAUUUUCAUUGGCACAUGAUGGAUCAUCGUAUUAUGCAUGGGGCGAAACCAAAAAUGGCACGAAUUGGUCGUCACCUAGAAAAUUGGAUGAUUCGCAUUCAUCAUUUGCUUCUGCAUCAGUUCAGGUAUUGGAUUCACCACUCACAUUUGGCCUCACAUCAACAAUAUAUGAAUUCGGAUCACAUGAUUCAAUAUCAUACAAAUCAAUCCUGCCAUUAUUCGAUAAUCAAGAUAAUUAUGAUGUGAAAUUCAUAAUUGACGAAAAUUAUAUCAAGGCAUGCAAAUUUUAUCUAAAAUCUGUAUCGGAAUAUUAUCGUCGAAUGUUUUCCGGUAAUUGGAUUGAAAAUGAUCAAGUAACCAUCGACGAUUAUUCGUAUGAAACAUACUAUGCAUAUCUACGCAUGUUACAUACUGGAAAAAUUCAUAUUAAUCGUCAAAACAUAACCGAACUUGUCGAUCUGGCCAAUUGUUAUGGUGAUGAAAGGUUGAUGGAAUAUUGUGAAACAUUCAUACGGAAUGAUUUGGAUGAACAAACUAUGCCCAAAUAUCUCCCAUUAAUUAACAAAUACGAAUUGAAGGGAUCAUAUACCAUACCAUAUUAUAUGCCAUAUUAGCAUAUAAAAAGUAUUUCCCAAAAUCGCCACAAUCUUGAACAAAACAGUAAAAAUUCUUUAAAUUUUCUUGAUUUGAUAGGUUUUACCACCAACAAUCAUUUAUUCGACAAUAAUUCCAUUGUUUUAAAAAAAUUAAAUUAAAAAU